UCAUACACUAGCAACCCCCCUCCCUCCCCUCACACACCCUCUGCACUGCCCUCUCUAUCCAGCAGGGGGCUUCUCCCUGGAUCUCCACACAGAGCUGGCAUUGCAUUAGCCUCAACAAUAAUAACACUAGCACAGCAUAGCUUAGCAGCACAUCCCUGGAACUCUGGCUAGCAGCAGACAAAAGGGGCUGGGAUGCUGGAAGCGAGGAGCUAGCUACUCACACACCCACUCUCCCUCCCUCUCUCUCUCUCUCUCUAUCUCUCUCUCUCUCUCUUCGAUCAGGGUCUGCUCUCACAUCAGGAGGGCUAGAAGUCGCAGCUACCCAGGAAAAACAAUUCCUUGCCAAUUCCUGUGAUUUUUAUUACUGGGAAGGAAAGCAAGGCUUGCAAAGGAAAGAAAACCUCCCCCUGCCUGCCCCAGCCCACAGGCUCCAUUGAUUUGCAAGUGAAGACUCAAGACUUUAUCAGAGGAUAAAAAAAAUACAAAAUCUGCAAUCAGAGGGAGAAAGCAGCAGCAGGAUUCAUGGAGAUGUCUGACACGCUGCUUCAGCAGGAGAGACUGCAGGCUAUAGCGGAGAAACGGAAGCGACAGGCGGAGAUUGAGAACAAACGAAGACAACUGGAGGAUGAGCGGAGACAGCUGCAGCAUCUCAAGUCGAAGGCUCUACGGGAGCGAUGGCUGCUGGACGGAGCGCCCUCUGCUGCCUCGGAGGAAGAUGAAGCCAUGAAGAAACAACUGCAAGAGGACGAGGCCAAGACCAAGGGACUGGAGGAGACCAUUCAGAGUCUGGAGCAGGAGUUGGAGGAGCUUGAGACCGGUGUGUCAGCCACUUCCACCAAAGAGAGCCUGUCUGAGGCGGCAAACGAGGAGAGCGGGCAGACGGGAGAUCACACUGAGAAAACUCCUUCCGGCUCAGCCAAAGAGGUCAGAGUUCACAGCAGCCCUCGUCUGGACAAGUCCGGAGGGGACUCUGAUCUGAUGAGAGCAGCCAUGUACUCGGUGGAGAUAACCAUUGAGAAGGACAGAGUGACUGGGGAAACGAAAGUGCUGUCCACUAACACACUACUGCCCAAAAACCUCGCGCACCAGGGGGUCAAAGUCUAUGAGGAUGACCUGAAAGUGGUUCACGCAGUGCGGGCAGGGGACGGUGCCAUAGAGAACGGAGUUCAUCUCCUGAGCUCCACUGAGGUGGAGGAGCUGAUCCACAAAGCGGACGAGGUCACAAUGAGCGACACCUCGGCGAGCAAGGAUGGCGAGGGUACCCCCAAGUCCACCACACAGACCCCCAAGAAGGAAAUCACUGGCAUUGAAGCCAAGCCUACAGCCAGCCCCCAAGCCACCGGCAAUCCCAGCUCUGAUGCCAGCCUGGAGCACCCGGUCACUAUGGUUUUCAUGGGCUACCAGAAUGUGGAAGACGAGGCAGAGACCAACAAAGUGCUGGGGCUUGAAGGCACGGUGAAGGCGGAGUUGGUGGUGAUUGAAGAUGGGAAUGGGAAAGGGGGUGCAGGGGAGGGGAAGGAGGGGAAGGAGGGGCAGGAUGAGCAGCAGCAAGCUCCACCCAACGGGAGCACCGCAGAACCUCCGAAGAAUCAGGAAGGAGGGGAGAAGGGUGAGGCCGAACCCGGAGCUGGAGAGGUCAAUACCAAGGAGAAACAGCCUUGCAAAUGCUGCGCGGUCAUGUGAACCUGCCCUUACCGGACUGGACUUUUGAGGAAAACAAACAAACAAACAAACAAACAAACAAACAAACAAAUACAUUCUGUUUCUUUUGAGAGACUGCCCCCCCCCCUUUGUUUUUUGCACCUGAAGUACUACUACCAUGAAACAGUGUUAUCAGGUUUGAAGGGCUUACAGAAUACCUUUUAUCAGUUAAUAUGUACAGUCGACCCUCCCUUUUAUGGAGUGUCGAGAACAGACAGUUAACUCUAUUUCCUGUCGAUAAGACACUCAGGAAAUAAUAGAUAGGAUCAACUGUACAUAUUAAGUUAUUAUAAAUCAUGUUUAAAUUAAAAAAAAGAUAGUUAAAGCUGUCUUUUAAGGUUUUGUCAGUUUGUGGUCUACUGUGCACAAGAUACAUGGCAAAAUAAAAUGUACUGGAAUGUUCUGAAAUCCUUUCUGAAAGUGGCUAUAUGAUUUAUAAUACUGUUUACAACAAAGACAAUACUGGCUUGCAUGUGGUAUAGCGCAGUCACAGGAGUGGGCAACGAGGAUGUGGGUACAAACAGUGUUGGGGCAUAACGCACUGCAUAUAAUCCAUUACUGUAAUCUGAUUACAUUUUUCAGUAAUUUGUAACUGGAAUGGUUUAUUUUCCAGACCGGUAACUAAAUGUGGUAACACUUGAGGUGAAAAAAAUAACAUGGUUACAUGUCUCCUUUUAUAUCAUUUGAAGUGUUUUUUUAUUGGUGCCUUACCUUUGAGAUCAGGGGCUUUGACUAGGAGACCAUUAGCUGUGGCUAACGCAUAACAUGAAAACCAGAUAGCGCUUCAACAGUGCAAGUCAAAACUUACCUGUCAUACGAACAGCACCAAAAACAAUCGUGACUAUGCUGAAAAAAGAAACGACUGCAAUUCCACAAAGUGGUGUGUUUGUUGUAAACACUACAGCUUCUUUCUGUAAGCCUUUAAGGGUUGGAGGGGAGUAUCCAUCCUCCUCUCUUCCCUUGUCUUUCUGUUUUCGUCUCUCAUAUGAAUUCAAUACAGAUGCCCUAGAGUGCUCUGUGUUAAAGAGCAACUUGGUAGGGGGCAGAAAUACCAGAUAAAUGUAUUCUUCUUGUUUAGAAACACUUUGGAUAUAUUUUUCUGUGCCAGUCACCACAUCCUAGUGACUUUUAAAAACUCAGAUGGUACACCAGAGUGUAACUAUUAACCUGUCCCCCUGCAACACACUGGAUGUAACUCUUACUGGUGUAUUUUUUGAAUUCACUAGGUUGUGUUGCAGGGGGGACAAGUUACUGUUUACACUCUGAGUAGCAGCUGUAUUUAGAAAGAAGAUGUAAGUUCCAGAAGCCUUUCACGACUCAAGGGUGCUUUUACAAAAAGUCACCAGGGUGUGGUGACUGAAACAGAAAAGGAUAUACAAAGUCAUUCUAAAGAUACCUGAUAUUUCAGACGCAUACAGGUUGCUCAUUGAUCCCGCUGGUGUUUCCCCCCCUGCCUGGGUUUUUGACCCUCAUAUUUGAGUCACUUAAUACAACACACAAUACAAUGGUAAGAGGUCUGUGCAUGAGCAGGGUUGGGAGUCUGAGUCACUAUUAAAGGGAUCUCCAGUUUAAUAUCCUAUUUUGUUGUGUCUGAUUCUCUAUUGUAGCUUUGAUCAUCAUUUUCUCCAUCGUCAUUCCAAAUAAAAAGUGUCGAAUAGGCUUCAGCACACAGCGCAACGCUAAUAUGCUUCAUUGUUUCCCGACAAUCAGCAUUGAGGAGUCUUUUCAGAAGCAAUGUCAGUGCAACUAUUGGUUGAAACAGAAACUACAAUGGAGACCCAUACAGAACGCACAGUUUACACCAUCGAUUUCCAUGGAGUCCUGCAGUUAUUCCACAAAUAAGGAUAGCUGGAUAACCCGGACAAGCCCCCAGAGGUGUCGAGUUUUACGGCUAUCCUCGUUAAUGGAGUAUUCUAUUGGUAUAGCAAGAAAGUUAGGGAAAAGAAAGUGUGUUUAAUCACAAAUUGAAAAGAUGAAUUCAGAGAUUGACUUUCCUUCGAUCAAGCUCUGCUUGGAUUUGAACGACUGCAAGAUUACCAAACGAGAUCCUGUACCUCUGUAGUGUUAAACACAACAAAUGUUAUUCAACUCUGACUCAGAACGUAUUGUACUAAACAGGUAAGCGAUAUUAUAAAAAACCUUUUAAAUUGGCACACCUUGGGAGAGAGAGUUUUAAGCUAUGGGAAGUUUGUCCCCUAAAAGUCAAGUGAAGAUAAUUCCAGCUCUAUAUUUAUUCCAGAGAGGUCCUGUCUGUGUUCAGGGGUGGGGGAGUCAAUGUGAUGGUAUGUAUUUCAAUGGUAUUGUUGCUCUUUUAUUAUUGAAAGAUUCCCGAAGAGAAAGCAGGGAGUCUUUUGUUGAAGCGUGUGAAUCAAUCACCCGAUAUGAGCAUUGCUGUUUUCUUCUAUUUUUGUUCUUUCUAAGGCUGUGUCUGAAAAGUGUCCUCUUGUCAUGACUUUACCAAUUAAAAUCCUGUUUUUUGUUUCA